UCUUUUUUUCCGUUCAAGUUUUAGGAGAGAGAGCAGAGUAAAGUUUAGUUGUCACACACAUCUGUGUGAGUUUUAAGCUUAAAAAAAGUUCAAACGCGGAACGCUCCAUGUCCGCUUGAUACACCGAUCGAGAACAAAAAAGCAACAACAUAAUUGUUUAAUCAAAAUUGGGUUGUGGUCAAAUAUGGGGCCAGGCCACUCAGUCACCAGAUCCACAUCUCCACUUUUGUAAUUAGGAUCAUCAGGAUCAGAUGAACCGAAUGAAAAUCGAAUUACCACAGAAUGCAGCCGUACCUAACAAUGAAUUUGGAAUUAAAAUGCCUUUCAUAGCUGUUCGAUGCCCACUGCUAGAAGCUAAAUACAAGCUUUACAACAGAAUGUAUGUAUGUACAUACAAAUCAACAUCACCCAGUAUGACAAACGAGGAAAAAUAUGUGGACUAUCUUUGUGUUGUCAAUUAAAGUUUGGUUCUCAUUUAUCAUUUGUACAAUAUACUACCAUACCAUUUAAGUUCUUUUCAUUGGUUUUGCUAUUUUCAAUUCCAACUACGGCAAAAAACAUCUUGGCAAAGGCGUCCUUUCUUGUGUCCUUUGCAGAUAAAUGAAAACUCUUUUGGUUCUUCGGAUAUCAACUGUCAUACUUGUUGUGCUGGUUAUUCAAAAAUCAUAUGCAGACAUUCUCGAAUGCGAUUAUUUCGACACUGUCGAUAUUUCGGCAGCUCAAAAACUACAGAAUGGAUCGUACUUAUUUGAGGGGUUGCUCGUUCCGGCCAUUUUGACGGGAGAAUAUGACUUUAGGAUUCUCCCGGACGACUCGAAGCAGAAGGUGGCUCGUCACAUAAGAGGAUGUGUGUGCAAGCUGAAGCCCUGUGUCAGAUUUUGCUGCCCUCACGACCAUAUCAUGGAUAAUGGUGUCUGCUACGACAACAUGUCCGACGAGGAGCUGGCUGAACUCGAUCCCUUCCUUAAUGUGACUCUUGACGACGGGUCGGUGUCCCGCAGACACUUUAAAAACGAACUAAUCGUCCAGUGGGACCUACCGAUGCCGUGUGACGGAAUGUUCUACCUAGACAACCGCGAAGAACAGGAUAAGUACACGUUGUUCGAGAACGGAACUUUCUUUCGCCACUUUGACCGUGUGACUCUUCGCAAGCGGGAAUACUGCCUUCAGCAUCUUACAUUCGCAGAUGGUAAUGCUACGUCUAUUCGAAUUGCACCUCACAACUGUUUGAUAGUGCCAUCAAUUACCGGUCAGACGGUUGUGAUGAUCUCUUCGCUGAUAUGCAUGGUUCUAACGAUCGCCGUAUACCUCUUCGUCAAGAAACUACAAAACUUGCAUGGAAAAUGCUUCAUCUGCUACAUGGUGUGUCUCUUUAUGGGAUAUCUUUUCCUAUUGCUCGAUUUGUGGCAGAUAUCCAUUAGCUUUUGCAAACCAGCAGGUUUUCUGGGUUACUUCUUUGUCAUGGCCGCAUUUUUUUGGCUUUCCGUCAUCAGUCUGCACCUUUGGAACACGUUCAGAGGCUCCUCCCACAAAGCGAAUCGCUUCUUAUUUGAGCAUCGGUUUCUGGCCUACAAUACCUAUGCUUGGGGCAUGGCGGUGGUCCUGACAGGAAUUACCGUUCUGGCCGAUAACAUCGUGGAAAACCAGGAUUGGAAUCCUCGUGUGGGCCACGAGGGACACUGUUGGAUAUAUACUCAAGCCUGGUCAGCCAUGCUCUACUUUUACGGUCCAAUGGUAUUUCUUAUUGCCUUUAACAUAACCAUGUUCAUCCUGACGGCUAAGCGUAUAUUAGGAGUGAAGAAGGACAUUCAGAACUUUGCGCACAGGCAAGAGAGAAAGCAGAAGCUGAACUCCGACAAACAGACUUACACCUUCUUCCUACGGCUCUUCAUCAUUAUGGGAUUGUCCUGGAGCUUGGAGAUAGGCUCCUACUUUUCGCAAUCCAACCAAACUUGGGCCAACGUCUUUCUGGUGGCUGACUAUUUAAAUUGGUCUCAAGGAAUCAUCAUAUUUAUACUGUUCGUUCUGAAGCGCAGCACGUGGAGACUCUUGCAGGAGAGCAUUAGGGGGGAGGGUGAGGAGGUAAACAACAGUGAGGAAGAGAUUUCGCUAGAAAACACGACGACACGAAAUGUCCUAUUAUAGGAACCAUCCUAAAUCCACGAGGAGUGUCAUUUCUAACAGAUCUAUGGCAAGUCGUAUUACCGUGGGAACAACUCCUAAAAAUAAAGCACGGAACUCGCCAUUGGCUUAAAAGCUGUAAUAAGUAUAUGUUUGUAUCUUAUUAAUAUUCAAACCAUAAAUAACGGUUUCUGUAUAUCACUUUUCUUAAAACUAUUCAACUAACUCAGAUGGAUUUAACACCGUUUAUUGAACAUAAGAUGUUUUUUAACAUUUGAAAUAAAAAAUAAUACUGCAAU